AUGACUAAAGAUAAAUUAGUAAAAAAAGAAACAAAAUGUUCAGUCCUAGUUAAUCAAAAUGGAAAAAUAGAAAAAUGUGAAGAAAUGUUUGCACUUCUUACUAGUACAAGUACACUAGGAGCUUAUUUACGCACAGUAUAUCAUUUGUUAGAAAAAGAAGAAUUGUUAGAUUUUAAAGAGCUCAUUAACUUACUAAAACCCUUUGCUUGUAUAACAACUUUAAUGGGUGCAGAACAAAUGCUAACUCAUCAAGUCAUUUGCAAUGUUAGGGAUGAAAUUGAACUUAAUAUAGGUGAUCGAUGGGAAGAUCCAAAAAUAGAAGGAUAUCUGGCAGCAAUAUUAGAUCCUAGAUUUAAAAAUUUAGAAUUCACUCCAGAAAAAUUUGAAGGACUAAAAAAUAUCUCAGACAAAAGAUGGUAA